GCUGGGGCGCGCACAGCUGCGGGGCUGAGACCCUGCAUCGCUCCUGCUUUUUCCUUUUAAUCGCGGGCAUUUGCUUCUCCCUCCCUUUCUCCUCCCCCGCCCCCCUUUUAUUUCCCUUUCCUGGGAGGAUUUUUUUUUUUGAGGUGGAGCCGUUUGCACCAAAAACCUUACAGCUGCUGUUCUCGCUGCUGUUCCCCCCUCUGCCCAGCAGGAGAAGGGACUGAUCCUUGGGGACCCCCCCAGACCAUGAAGCACCCCAGGAAAUGGACUCCCGCCUCCCCCUGGAUCCGGUGCACGAUUCAGAUUUGAUUCCGUGGGUUGGUUGAUUGCCCUUUUUUUUUUUUCACCUUUUGGGGGCUUUGCAAACCGAAUUACAUGCAUGUCCAGUGGGGGAAGGUUUAAUUUUGACGAUGGAGGCUCCUACUGUGGAGGCUGGGAGGACGGAAAGGCGCACGGCCAUGGGAUCUGCACCGGCCCAAAGGGCCAAGGCGAGUACACGGGGUCCUGGAGUCAUGGCUUUGAAGUGCUGGGGGUCUACACCUGGCCCAGUGGCAACACUUACCAGGGCACCUGGGCACAGGGCAAGCGUCACGGCAUCGGCGUGGAGAGCAAGGGGAAGUGGGGGUACAAAGGAGAGUGGACUCAUGGAUUUAAGGGACGCUACGGUGUCCGUGAAUGCAUGGGCAACGGAGCCAAAUACGAAGGCACCUGGAGCAAUGGAUUACAGGACGGCUACGGGACAGAGACCUACUCGGAUGGAGGGACGUACCAGGGCCAGUGGGCCGGCGGCAUGCGCCAAGGCUACGGCGUCCGGCAGAGCGUCCCCUAUGGCAUGGCUGCGGUUAUCAGGUCGCCCCUGAGGACGUCCAUUAACUCGCUGCGCAGCGAGCACACCAACGGCACGGCGCUGCACCCCGACGCCUCGCCCGCAGUAGCCGGCAGCCCCGCUGUCUCCCGGGGCGGCUUCGUCCUCGUGGCCCACAGCGACGCCGAGAUCCUCAAGAGCAAGAAGAAGGGGAUCUUCCGGCGGUCCUUGCUGAGCGGGCUGAAGCUGCGCAAGUCUGAGUCCAAGAGCUCCCUGGCCAGCCAGCGCAGCAAGCAGAGCUCCUUCCGGAGCGAGGCGGGCCUGAGCACGGUCAGCUCCACCGCCAGCGACAUCAACUCCACCAUCAGCUUGGGUGAGGGCGAGGCCGAGCUGUCGGUCAUCGAGGAUGACAUCGACGCCACCACCACGGAGGUCUACGUGGGCGAGUGGAAGAGCGACAAGCGCUCGGGCUUCGGGGUCAGCCAGCGCUCGGACGGGCUGAAGUACGAGGGGGAGUGGGCCAGCAACAAGCGGCACGGCUACGGCUGCAUGACCUUCCCGGACGGCACCAAGGAGGAGGGGAAGUACAAGCAGAACGUGCUGGUGAGCGGCAAGCGGAAGAACCUCAUCCCGCUGAGGGUCAGCAAGAUCCGCGAGAAGGUGGACCGGGCCGUCGAGGCGGCGGAGCGGGCAGCCACCAUCGCCAAGCAGAAAGCGGAGAUCGCGGCCUCCAGGACUUCCCACUCCAGAGCUAAAGCAGACGCGGCUGUGACAGCAGCUCAGAAAGCUCAGGAGGAAGCUCGGAUUGCCAGAAUCACUGCCAAAGAGUUUUCGCCUUCCUUCCAACACCGGGAAAACGGGCUCGAAUGCCAGAGGCCGAAGCGUCAGAACUCAAGUGACGACAUCGAGGUCCUCUCCACGGAAAGCCCGCUCCAGCAAGAGAGCCCGGAGUUCUACAGGAAAGGCACCACCCCUUCGGACCUCACGCCCGAUGACAGCCCCCUGCAAAGCUUCCCCCCCAGCCCCUCCUCCACCCCGCCACUGGGCCCCACCUGCAGGACCAAGAGCGCCCAUUUCUCCAGACAGAUCUCGGUGGACGAAGAGAGGGGUGGGGAGAUCCAGAUGUUGCUGGAGGGACGCGGCGGGGACUACUUGAGGCCCAACAGCUGGAGCGAAGACAAAGCCGGUGGGCCAUGUGGCGUCAGAAGCGGAACCCAGCGCAGCGGACACUUGGGGCCUGCCUCCCUCCCCGAAGAUUACAGAGGCCGGAGCGGAAGGCACAAACAUGCAGCCUCCAACCACAAGCAAAGAGAGAGGUGGACAGAGCCCCCGGCCACGGUGUCUUGGACUUCACACCACCGGUCCCACAACCACAGCUCAGGGAGCACCCGGCUGCUCGAGCUGGAGGAGGAGAAGCUAAGCAAUUACGAGAUGGAAAUGAAACCCCUCCUGAGGAUGGAUUCUUAUAUGCAAGAGAUUCACACCCAAAAAAGACAUUAUAGUAAAGCAGGCCCCUGCAGGAGCCUGGCUGAGGACCACCGUGGGGAAGACCGGGGAUUUGGGGUUCAGAGACUGAGGUCUAAGUCCCAGAACAAAGAGAAUUUCAGGCCAGCCUCCUCUGCUGAGCCCACAGUGCAGAAACUGGAGAAUCUGAGGUUCGGGGACAAAGCUGAACCCCGGCUAUUAAGGUGGGACUUAACCUUCUCCCCGCCACAGAAAUCCUUACCUGUUGCACUAGAGUCGGAAGAGGAAAAUGGGGACGAGCGCAAAUCCAGUACGGGCUCAGCUCCCAUUCUGGUCGUCAUGGUGAUCUUACUGAACAUUGGCGUCGCCAUUUUGUUUAUUAACUUUUUCAUCUAACUCGAGACUGUCUUGUUUGCAAAAAUAAGAGUUACGUGUACGAACAGGGGGAAAAAAACCCAAACAAAAACAAAUCCAAAAAAAGGGAAAGAUCAUAACUUGAACUGUCCUACGACAACUUCCGAGUUUUUCCACAGAAGAAGAACAAAUGAUUGAGUCUCACUCACAGUUUGCCUUUUUUUCCUGGGUAAUGUUUUUUGGAUUUUAGCCAAAAGUCUUUGCUUGUACAACACUAUGCUGUGUGGCAUGGCAGAAUGCUAACAACUCUUUGACCCUCCCAGCACCAGAAAGGAUGAGACAGGACCCCAGCAAAAUAAGAAUCAGUUACGUUUCCCCUCCAGACUAAAUAAAGAAAAAAAUGCAGGGGCGGGGGAGGGAGAGGUUGGGCAGAUGGAACCAGGACAUGGAGGGGGGUGUGGUGGUGAAUGAGUCACUGGUGGAAACACACAAUGCCCACUGUUGUGAAGUUGAUGGCGGGAAA